UUAUGUCCGUUUAUUCUCAUGGCAUGACUAGAGCUGCGAUAACAAGGCAGGCGGAGGACAGCUCGGUCAGAGGACCUCGAGGCUCAGUGUAGCAGGAGAAGCCGGUUUGGACGAGUCCAGAUUUGGGUGUUGACUCUUUUAUAAAGAUGGCUACCCCAAAAGUCCACUGGCUUCUACCAGUUGUUGUGGUCUCCUUUCUCGCGUGUGUUCUUGCCAGAAGAGGACAGGAUAUGCGUUGUGGAGCUUGCCGGGCUCUUGUUGAUGAAGUGGAGUGGGAGAUUUCACAAGUCAAUCCUAAGAAGACCAUUAAAAAAGGAUCUUUUCGAAUAAAUCCAGAUGGGUCUCAAUCAGUCAUAGAAGCACCCUAUGCCAGAUCAGAAACUCACCUCAUUGAACUUCUGGAGCAUGUUUGUGAAAAGAUGACGGAAUAUGGUGAGAAAAUAGAUCCAGAUAGAGACCGCAAAACCUAUGUGCGAGUCCUUUCUCGGGAUGGCAAACAGUUGGAUGCGUCUGCGACUAACAUUGAAAAAGAAGUGAUUGAUAACUUGAAGGCCACAUGUGAACACAUUGUUGAGGUACAUGAAGAUGAACUGCUUGAAUUCUUUUCUCAUGAAACAGAAAACGUAAAGGAUAAGCUGUGCAGUACACGUACAGAUCUCUGUGACAACACUGUACAUAUAACUCAUGAUGAACUUUGACCUGCCAUUGCUUCUUCUUUCUUGGUCGAUAAAGUGUUUACAGAAGACAACAAAGGGGAAAUGUGAAUGGGGGUGGAACACAUUUUUUGUUAAAUAUUUUUUACAAUAAAAAUAAAGUACUUUUGUGAGCUGGAGUGUUGCGGUUUUGUUCACAUAUUUGUGGAUGUAUACAAA